UAUAUAUAUAUACCUAUAUUGUAAUUUUCACCGAUUUUGAUAUUUAAUUCUCAUGAUAGAAAUAGUUGGGCAGCCUUUCCUACCCAAAUUUUUGUCCUUGUUAAUUCCUUCCACUCUAUAUGUUUGUUGAAUUUCGUCACUGACAAUCCAACAACGCUAAUUCUCUCUUUCUGUCCAUCCCCAUCCUCUCUCCUCUGUCUCUAUGUAAUAGCUCUAUCUAUCUAUCUAUCUAUCUAUCUAUCUAUCUAUCAAAUCAGUCUUGUUUUAGAGAGAGAGAGAGAUGGCAGGCAUUGCUGGUACUUGUUCUUCUAGUUUGGUCUUGAAAGCCAAAGAAUCAAGCAACAAUGGAGCUUCUCUGCUUCAAUACAAUGGACUCAGAGCAGUUGAAAGCAAGCAAGUGCCUUCAGCUGGGUGUAGGCCAAAUGGGUUCAUUUCUACUUCAGCUUCAAAAUGCGGAAGGAUCAAGGCCAUGGCCUCUCCAACUGUUUCAGUUCCCAAACGAGAAAAGGAUCCCAAGAAAAGGAUUGUCAUAACCGGAAUGGGCCUUGUAUCAGUUUUUGGCAGCGACAUUGAUACAUUUUACAAUAAACUUCUUGAGGGAGAAAGUGGGAUCACCCUUAUUGAUAGGUUUGAUGCUUCGAGCUUCUCUGUUCGAUUUGCCGGUCAGAUUCGUGACUUCUCCUCUGAAGGCUACAUUGACGGCAAGAAUGAUCGCCGUCUUGAUGACUGCUGGAGGUACUGUUUGGUUGCUGGCAGGAGGGCCCUUGAUGAUGCCAGGCUUGGACCUGAAGUCCUUGAAACUAUGGACAGAUCAAAAAUAGGAGUUCUAGUGGGGUCAGGCAUGGGAGGUUUGACAGCUUUCAGCAAUGGGGUUGAGGCUCUUCUCCAGAAGGGAUAUAAGAAGAUAACUCCAUUUUUUAUUCCUUAUUCAAUCACUAACAUGGGUUCAGCAUUAUUAGCUAUAGAUACCGGAUUAAUGGGACCCAAUUACUCGAUUUCAACAGCCUGUGCAACUGCAAACUACUGCUUUUACGCAGCUGCAAAUCACAUUAGAAGAGGUGAAGCGGAUAUUAUGGUUGCUGGUGGGACCGAGGCUGCAGUCAUGGCUACUGGGGUUGGUGGCUUUAUUGCUUGUCGAGCAUUGUCUCAAAGGAAUGAUGAACCCCAUAAAGCUUCAAGGCCGUGGGAUAAAGAUCGUGAUGGUUUUGUCAUUGGAGAAGGCUCUGGUGUUCUGAUUAUGGAGAGCUUAGAGCAUGCAAUGAAAAGAGGAGCCAAUAUAAUUGCAGAGUACUUGGGAGGUGCCAUAACGUGUGAUGCUCAUCACAUGACUGAUCCUCGGUCAGAUGGCCUUGGAGUUUCAUCAUGUAUAUCCAAGGCCUUGGAAGAUGCUGGAGUCUCCCCGGAGGAGGUGAAUUAUGUUAAUGCCCACGCAACAUCAACACUUGCUGGGGAUUUGGCAGAGGUUAAUGCUGUCAAGAAAGUCUUUAAGGACACAUCUGAGAUCAAGAUGAAUGGGACCAAGUCAAUGAUUGGACACGGGCUUGGAGCUUCUGGUGGAUUGGAAGCCAUAGCAACCAUAAAAGCAAUCACGACUGGGUGGUUGCAUCCAACCAUUAACCAAUAUAACUUGGAGCCUGAGGUCACAAUCGACAGUGUUCCAAAUGUGAAGAAAAAGCAUGAAGUGAAUGUUGCUAUCUCCAACUCAUUUGGCUUCGGUGGGCAUAACUCAGUGGUUGCUUUCACACCCUUCAGGCCCUGAAUUAAGCUUAAUCAAAGUAGCUUCUUCCGUUACCUAUUUUUUUUCCUUUAGGAAAGAUUGAUUUUGAAAUCAUAUAAUUGUCCAAAUCAGAAUAGAUCAUUUAUGUUGUAAUCAGUCUAAGCAUAACAUAAAGAAUUUGAUUAUCAGAAUUGUUUAUGCUCCUGUAUUGAGUCGUGGUAUCGAUGUAGCUUCUUUUAUCAGUUUCCUUCCAAGUUCCAACCAAUAAUAUAUUUGAUGAGAUCAGAUUCACAAUCUGUCAAUGAAUAAACUUUUGUCUUGCCAUUUUCUUGAUA